AUGUCUGCGGACACCGAUACGCAUGAGGACGAGCACUCCGAAGAGUGGUUUGCGUCGGCCAAGAAAAUCUACCCCAUGGCAACCCACGGCCUGUUCCGCAGGAUCAAGUGGGCGUUGCUGUUCAUCACGCUUGGCAUUUACUAUUUCCUGCCGUUUGUACGCUACGACCGCGGUCCGGAAGCUCCCGGACAGGCAGUCCUGGUCGAUAUGGAAAAGGCCCGGGGUUAUUUCUUCUUCAUCGAGAUCUGGCCGCAGGAAGUCUACUACCUCACCGGGCUUUUGAUCAUCGCGGCUGUUGCGCUUUUUCUGAUGAACGCCGUCGCCGGCCGGAUCUGGUGCGGCUACCUGUGUCCCCAGACCGUUUGGACGGACCUUUUUCUGUGGGUCGAGAGGCAGGUGGAAGGGGAUCGGCGCGAACGCAUUGCUCUCGACAAGGAUCCCUGGACUUUCGGCAAGGUAAGCAAGCGCGCUACCAAACAUUUCCUGUGGCUCAUGAUCGCCUGGUGGACCGGCGGGGCCUGGGUCCUCUAUUUCAACGACGCGCCGACGCUGGUCUGGCAACUUCUCACGUUUCAGGCGCCGAUGAUCGCCUAUAUCUGGAUCGCGAUCCUGACGACAACGACUUACCUGCUCGCCGGGUUCAUGCGCGAACAGGUCUGCAUCUACAUGUGUCCGUGGCCACGCAUCCAGGCUGCCCUUACCGAUGAAAAAGCGCUUAAUGUUACCUAUCGCUGGGACAGAGGCGAGCCACGCGGAUCUUUGAAACAGAACAAGAAGCUUGCGGCGGAAGGUUUGCCCGCAGGCGAUUGUAUCGACUGUUUCCAGUGUUUUCAGGUUUGUCCGACCGGCGUCGACAUCCGUAAGGGGAUGCAGCUUGACUGCAUCCAAUGCGGUCUGUGUAUCGAUGCCUGCGACAACAUCAUGACCAAGGUCGGCAAGCCCACGGGCCUGAUCGGCUAUGAUACCGACGAGAACAUCGAGCGACGGAUAGAAGGCAAGGAGCCGGUCUACGAGAUCGUCAGGGUCAGGACCGUGGUCUAUGCCGUGAUUAUCGCUCUCGUGGGCGCAAUCAUGCUGUUUGCGCUGCUCAACCGGGAUUUUGCCGAUAUCAGCGUGCUUCACGACCGCAAUCCGGUUUUCGUUGAGCAAUCCGACGGUUCGGUGCGCAAUGGCUACACCGUGCGUCUGUCCAACAAACGGCGCCAUACCAGGGCGUUCAUGCUCCAUGUCGAAGGCAUGCCCACGAACACGCAGGUUGAGGCGGUCGGCGCGGAUUCCAAUUUUGCCGGGCGGCCGAUUAUCGAGGUUGGCCCCGACACAACACGUGAAGUGCGUGUUCUUGUAAGUUCGCCGCCCUGGGAGAAGAUGCCGCAUUCAACGCCGGUGACGUUCCGCAUCACCGAAAGCGUGAUGGGUGAGGUCGUAACCGCACAAGAUACUUUCAAAGCGCCAGACAAGCCUUGA